AUGACGGGGGUAAGGAACAUAUUCAAGCUAGCGCUUGUGAGUGUGAUAGUAGUUCUAGCUUAUGGCAGUGACGUGAUACCGUUAAAAGAUAGCGAUUUUGAGACCGAAUCGAAGCAGUAUGAAGUACUUUUGGUAAAGUUCUAUGCACCAUGGUGUGGGCACUGCAAGAGGUUAGCUCCCGAAUAUGAAAAAGCAGCUACGAAAUUAAAGAAUAACGACCCUCCUAUAACACUUGCUGAGGUCGACUGUACCGUCGAAAAGAAGACCUGUGAAAAAUUUAGCGUAAGCGGGUUUCCAACAUUGAAAAUUUUCCGAAAUGGAAACCUUGCACAAGAUUAUGACGGACCGCGUGAAGCCGAAGGCAUUGUUAAAUAUAUGAGAGGCCAAGCUGGGCCGUCAGCGAAGGAGCUGAAGACAUUGAAAGAUUUUGAGAAGUUCACAGCCAGUGAUGAAUAUGGUGUUAUUGGCUUCUUUGAGACCGAAAGCAAACUCAAAGAUUCUUUCCUGAAGGUUGCCGAUACAGAACGUGAUCGUUUUCGAUUUGCGUAUACUAGCGAGUCAGAAAUUAUCAAACAUACUGGAUACGCGGAUGAUAUUGUGGUCUACGUACCAAAGAAGUUUCACAAUAAGUUUGAUGACGAUGUGUUCAAGUAUGAUGGCAAUUAUGAUACUGAUAAGAUCAAAGAGUUCCUCUUACAUGAAUCUGUUGGAAUGGCUGGCGUUAGAACUCAAGGGAAUCUCUUUCAGUUCGUCAAGAAACCACUAUUUGUCGUCUAUUACAAAGUUGAUUAUAACCUGGAUCCUAAAGGUACAAACUAUUGGCGUAAUCGUGUGCUCAAAGUUGCUUCUGAUUAUAAACGUAAGGCAUACUUCGCAGUGUGCAGUAAGGAUGAGUUUUCACAGGAAGUCGAGGAAUAUGGUCUUGGAGAUCGUAAGGAAAGCGACAAGCCCCUUGUUGCAGCUCAAACCAAGGAAGGCAAGUUCCCUAUGAAUAAAGAGUUCAGGCAAAAUUUGAAACAGUUCGUAGAGGACGUUUUGGGCGGUAAACUGGAGCCGUAUAUGAAGAGCGAGAAGGAACCUGAAACUCAAGGAGAUGUUAAGGUCGUAGUUGCUCGCUCCUUCAAGAAAAUGGUUGUCGAUGUUGAUAAAGACGUGUUGCUAGAGUUCUAUGCCCCUUGGUGCGGUCAUUGCAAGCAGUUGGCACCAAAAUAUGAUGAACUUGGAGGAAAAAUGGCCAAGGAGGAUGUUGUGAUUGCGAAAAUGGAUGCAACUGCUAAUGAUGUACCCCCACCGUUUGAAGUUAGAGGAUUCCCUACGUUAUACUGGGUUCCUAAAAAUGCGAAGGACAAGCCAAUUCCGUAUAGCGGUGGGCGUGAAGUAAAUGAUUUCAUUAAAUUUAUCGCCGAACAUUCAACUGACGGUUUGAAGGGCUAUUCUCGUGACGGUAGUAAAAAGAAGAAGAAGAAGUCGGAACUUUAA